AUCCAAUGCUCUUGCAGACUUUCUCCUUGCUAGCAGCUCUGUGGCCACAGCACUUUACCUGGUUUCAUUCUGGUUUCAUUACAUUCAUAAUAAAAAUGGCUGCAUUGAUCAGAAGGAUUAUCAGCACAACAAAAGCUCCUGCUGCUAUCGGCCCGUACAGUCAAGCAGUGGUGGUAGAUCGGACCAUGUACAUCUCAGGACAGCUGGGGAUGGAUCCUGCCAGUGGACAGUUGGUGGAAGGGGGUGUUCAGGCUCAAACCAAACAGGCUCUUGUGAAUAUGGGUGAAAUCCUUAAAGCUGCUGGCUGUGGUUAUGAGAAUGUUGUCAAAACCACAGUGCUCCUAGCUGACAUGAAUGACUUUACGAAUGUCAACGAUGUUUACAAGCAGUUCUUCAGCACUAACUACCCAGCCAGAGCUGCCUACCAGGUUGCUGCUCUCCCCAGAGGUGGGCUGGUUGAGAUUGAAGCAGUUGCUGUAUUGGGCCCUCUAACCAAUGCUUCCUAAGAAGCACAUCUAUCAAAAAAUAAAAACUGGAAACCCAUGAUCACUGAAAAUAAAGUAUGUGCCUUUUUUGUAGUGCAGUUAAGAGCUGAUAAAACAAAAAUCCUAAUUUCUAUUGUAGAUAUAUUUGUAGAGCAUAAAAACACUUAAUGUUGUCCUUAACAUUUGGUGGGUCGCCCUGCAGACUGACGGCAGUGAGGAUCAGUACACUUUCCCUUCUCAUUAACAUUGAUGAGACAUGUUUGGAGACAACGCUGCCUUUCAAAUUCCUCUCUGCUCACAUUUCACUGACAAUAGCUGAAAUCUAUCUAAUCUGGUUAGCUCUUAUUGAAUUACACUUCCAGCUAUGUUGUCACCUGACAUGCUCAUAGCAGUGUAUCCUCUCUCAAUGUGCCAGAGGAUGAAUGAUCAAAUAUGCCUGAAUAAUAAAUGUUUUUAAUUUGCUUAAAUGUCAAUUUGUGUCCUUGACAUGAAGAAUAUGUAGAUCGUCACUUUGUGAUAUGUGUCUUGUUCUUCCUCCUUAAUUAGUGCUUGUAUUAGUUUUUGUAUAAUGCAUAUCCCUUGAAACCUUCAGGGUUGGAAAGGAUUUAUACACAGACAAUAUGAAUCAUGGGUAUCAUCAUUUGGAUUGUAGUAUGAAAAUAUUGUUGCAUUUAUUUGACCUGACAUUUAAACCAACUGAAAUAGUUCCCAGAGAAAUACUAACGCAAACCUUCAUUCUUACUGUACACAUCCUGAAAAACAUGUGUUCAUUGUCAAUGCUUCAUCAACUCUGGAGCCAAGGUUGUAUAACUGGGAUAUGUUACCGCAUGCCGUGGUAGGCUGGGAAUCCACAUGGUGUUAUUCCAGCUGAACAACACAUCAGCUGAUUAAAAUGAUUAGCUCCUCCCGUCUAGUUUAAAGCAAUUGAUUAAAUCUUCAUUGUUCAAUUUGCCCGCAAAGGAUAUACAGUCAUGGAAAAAAUGAUUAGACCAGCCUUUUCUUCAAUUUCUUGUUCUUGUUCAUAUCUAGCCAUUUUCUAUGAUUUUCUUGAUAAUAACCAAAUCAUUAUCAAGAAAACCAUGGAAAAUGGCUAGAUAUCAGCUCUUAAAUUUAACUCAUUUGAGCUAUUUUCUUUAUCAUUAUAUUUGUCAAAACAAAUGUACCUUUAGUAGUACCAGGCAUUAAAAUGAACAAUGAAAUUUUUUUCCAUGACUGUACAUUUAAACAAAAGAAUAUAUUUUCUCCAGCUUCACACACUGCAUUAUGUGUACGGUACAGUAUGGUAAUGGGCAAGUUUAAGUGAGUGAAAUAGAGAAGCUGAUCACGCUCUCCUAAAAAUGUAUUUUAAAUUAUGCGUGGGCGAGCCAAGGCAUGUUUAGUACACAUAAUGAAUAACUUAAAUCACCAGGCACUACUUUCAAAUUUUGUGAGGGGGACAGGACUGAAAAAACAUCAUAGUGUAAUGGAUAGUUAAUGUAGUUGUUUACCAGUAAUUGUUCCUAAAUCAACCUUCCUGAAACACUUGUUUAUGUCUCACUUUAAAAAGUUGGGAGACUUUAUGACUAAAUGUCAGUCAUGUACCUUUGGAUUAUGUAAGUGGCCUACUGUCAUUCAGCAAGUUUUAUGAAAUAUACAAGGGUAUGAGAAGCUAAAAUAGUCUUUAAACAAACAUUAGUGAGUAAAACUUUAUUCUGUACACUAGGUUAGCAGAAUCAUAAACAAAGUUCAGAAAAAGAAUAUAUUACAGAGAAAGAAACAGAUGAAAAAAGACAUCAGACAUCAAAACAGAUUUUGUUCCCACAACAUUCAUCACACAAUUCAAAUCACUUUCUAUUACCUUUACACUUAACAUAGAAUUUAGAACUAACGAUAAUUUAAAAAUCAAGUUCUAGGUGAUCUCUUACUGUGCUACACAUGUAAUGCACUCAAACCAAAACCAAGGUGCAUAUGACAUCAGUGUUGCCUUAUGAGGCCUUUUAGUUUACAGUUGGAAACACCUUUAUUUUCAGGAGAAGAAUAUGAACAUCUGCCAGCUACAGUGCAGCUGCACAGAAUGGCUUCAUGGAACAACAGGAUGACAUAUCAAUACUUUAUCAUCUGCAUCCUCAACCUGGCAAUGAUUCAUUAAGUCAUUAUUAAUCUUUGUAUCUGGUCAUCUGCAUGCAUUUUUUUCUUUAAGCAAAGCAAAAAAAUCUAUUUUAUUCAGGAUUUUUUCUUUGAAAUCAAUAGUGAUAUCAAAAAGUAUUUAAGGAAUUUACAGUAGUGCUUAUCAGUAUAACACUGUACACUCUGUUACUCAACAUUUAGUACGGUCAUUCCUAUUAGAACAUCAUUAGAAAGGCUGUAAUCCAAUGUGUAAAUACCAAACAAAUGUGGAAUUAUGGCAGAAUUUAGACUUCAUAAAGCCUAAAGAUCAAUCUGUGAAAUGUGUUUUAAAUAGGUGAUAACAAUUAAACAGUG